AACUUUUUAAUAUUAUCAUUGUUGAAAUUUUUAAUUCUAUACACCAUUUCGUUGGAGUAAACAUAUCAGUGACCAUCUACAGUCUACUCUUUUGGUUUAACACAGACUUUUUGGGAAGAGGACUCUAAGAUUACUGAAAACAGCAAACGGAUCAGUGGACAUGUGGCCUGCGAACUAUGCUAAUAUAGUGUUUGGAUGUAUUUGUUUAGUUCAAGUAUUUGUAUUUGCCGUUUCACAGCACAUUGCUUUAAAUAACGAGGACCUUACGAAACAUUUGGAUAAUAUAAAACUUUUAAACAAACAAACGGAAAACGGCUCACCAAAACAUACAGAUGACUCCUUUGAAUUUCAAAAUAGUGAUUUAGGCGAACUUACCGACGAAGACAAACGUGCAUUGGACAGAUAUUCUUUUUUUGGUGGACUCGGAAAACGCGGACUAGAUAGGUACAACUUCUUUGGCGGAAUUGGAAAACGUGCUUUGGAUAAAUAUGGUUUUUUCGGUGGUAUUGGAAAGCGAGCCCUUGACCGAUAUGGGUUUUCUGGAUCACUAGGGAAAAGAGGCCUGGAUAGAUAUUCAUUUAUGGGUGGCAUCGGCAAACGGGGUUUAGACCGGUACGGCUUUGCGGGGAGUUUAGGAAAGAGAGCGUUAGAUCGAUACGGAUUUAUUGGUAGUCUUGGAAAAAGAAAGCUUGACCGGUUUGGAUUCAUGGGAGGCUUGGGUAAACGUCGUCUGGAUUCUCAUCGAUUUUUUGGAGGACUGGGAAAACGAGCGGCGGAUCUGUACGAAAAACAGGCAGCAUCCUCCCCGGAUAUCGUUCAGGAAUUGUACACAGGUGAAAAACCCAUGCAAAAACGGUUAUAUCCUUACUGGUACUAUAGGCAAAGCGGAAGACCAAUAUUCACCCAAACUAGAGGAAUAGAUAGAUUCUCCUUUGCUGCAAGGCUUGGAAGGAGAUAAACGGAGAAAACAAUUGAGAGGAGACGAUUGUCAAAAUGGUCCAGAAAUAUAAUUAAACAUAUCUACAUAACUUUUUAGAAACAUGUCCUCAGCCUUAAAUUAUUGUUCAUGCUGGAAAAAUACUAUCAUUUGUGCUCUGUGGGUAUACUGACAAUCUGAAAAUUCGAAAAGGAAGAUGUUUAUAUUUGUUACUUAUUUGUAUAUUAGUCGGAAAUUUGAUAUGAAUUUUUCAGUUUUGAAAUACCAGAAAUUUUAUUUUGGGAAAUGUCUUUGUGAACGAUCGGUAUGAAAAGGCAAUGCUUGCACUAAAGCAAUUCCAUAAUAUCUACAAUCGCAAAAAUGGACAUAGUUACAUACACGUAACUGAUGGCAUAUUAUUAAUGUUUUGUUACAAGCUUAAUUGUGUGCAAUAUCUCGGUUAACCUGCGUUUGUUUGAUGUUGGAUGUCUCUUUUGCCACCAUUUGGAUUAAUAAAAAGUGAACUGAUUUGAACUUCAGCUAGGAAACCGAAAACAAGAGCCUAGUUUAAAUGAACCUUACAGUACGUUAAAACAAAACAUUCAUUGGAUGCGGUUCUUUAAAAAAAACAAUUUGCACAAUAAUUAAUAAAUCUCGGACUAAAUUUUAGAAAUCUUGGAUUUAAAUGAAAAUAAACGAAGUUGAAAACAC